AUGAGGAGGGCGCGAAAGGCGGUGUUCCUGUGUCGGAAGAUCCUUUGGGUGUUGAUCUUCCUGAUCUGUCUCAUCCUGUGCGCCUUCCACUGCUACUUCAUCGUCAAGGAAUACGCCAACUAUCCAUCGGCUACCAAAGUCGAGGUGCUCCACGAACGUCAAGUUGCGUUCCCAGCGGUGACGCUGUGUAACCUCAACGCCCUGACCAACGAGACUGUGGUGGCUAACCACCCCACCUUCGGGGCCUUCGUCGUCCUGCAGCAGCAGAACAAGGCGCCUGUUUGCACUGACCUUGCUCCUGUACUGAACGAUCCAGAACUCUGCUUGAACUACACUUGUAGUGACAGUUCUCUCGGGGACUACAACUGGAAGGUGCUCAGUGGGACCACUGUCAGUGGGGCUACUGCUGGAGCCGGAACAACAGGGUCCACAACGACUGUAGCUGGAGCAACAGGGUCAACAACAACUGGAACUGGAGCAACAGGGUCAACAACCACUGGAACAACAGGGUCAACAACAACUGGAACAACAGGGUCCACAACAACUGGAACCGGAACAACAGGGUCAACAGCAACUGGAACCGGAACAACUGGGUCCACAACAACUGGAACUGGAACAACAGGGUCCACAACGACUGGAACUGGAACAACAGGCUCCACAACGACUGGAACUGGAACAACAGGGUCCACAACACCUGGAACUGGAACAACAGGGUCCACAACGACUGGAACUGGAACAACCGGGAUCACAACAACUGGAACUGGAACAACGGGAUCCACAACGACUGGAACUGGAACAACGGGGUCCACAACGACUGGAACUGGAACAACAGGGUCCACAACUACUGGAACUGGAACAACAGCAGCUACAACUACUGGAACUGGAACAACAGCUGCCACAACUACUGGAACUGGAACAACAGCAGCUACAACUACUGGAACUGGAACAACAGCAGCUACAACUACUGGAACUGGAACAACAGCAGCUUCAACUACUGGAACUGGAACAACAGCAUCCACAACAACAGGAACUGGAACAACAGCAGCUACAACUACUGGAACUGGAACAACAGCAUCCACAACAACAGGAACAGGAACAACUCAGUCCACAACAACGGGCACUGCAACAACAGUAUCCACCUCUACGUCUGCAGGGUCUACGACAACAGAUCCAAGUGCUUCUACAGUUUCUACAACAACAAGCAUCACCACAGAUACCACCAGUUCUACCACUACGGCCAAAAACGGCGGGAAGCCAACCAUCUUUGAUCUAUCCACUUCCUUUCCAAUUGGACGAAGGAAGCGCGAUUCAUUUCUUUCGGACUAUGCUCAUGAAAAUACGUUUGAUUGGAAUCGGUGGCGAGCCAUUGCUGCACAUGUUGGUACUCGGCGAGAGUUUCAUCGUCCGAGCGUCGUUCUAAAGCGACCAAAACGAGCAACGGCUAUCGACCUGAGCAGUAUUACGACCGAGGUACAGAAUAGCAGAACAGCAGACCUCAGCGAUAUGCUUGGCGUUAUCAGGCCUGAUAAGAAAACCGUCCAGGCCUACGCAAGGCCUCCACAAGAGGUCAUCACCUCCUGCAGUUUCGACAAAACCAACUGCAAUUACGCGCAAUUCUUCUCUUGGGUCUCAGACGAGUUUGGUAUGUGCUACACCUUCAAUUCUCCGUACGUCGCAACAUCAGAUUCUUCAAGCUACACAAUUGCUGACAGACGAGCCAAAUUUAAACCUAAAUCUUCGGUCAAUACUGGCCACAAGUCGGGGCUGCGCGUGACGCUGAGCAUGCAUGGGCCUGACUACGUGUCUCUGCUGUCACCCCUGGCGGGAGUGAGGGUGUCGGUCCACGCUCCCUGGACAGCCCCGUUCCCCUCCCGCGAUGGCUUCAACUUGGCACCUGGAAACACAUACUCUGUCGCCGUCAAAAAGCGAGAGGUCUUGCGCCUCGCCCCUCCUGUCAGCGGGUGCGUGGAGGCAGGGAGUGGAGCCUUCGACUACUCGCAGGAGACGUGCUCUGAGGCGUGUCUGGAGACGCAGUACCGCACGCGCUGCAACUGCACUGUCACCGAGAACCCUGCACUGCCGACCAACCUGUCCUCCUGCGACCCUUUCGUGACAACCACCGGUGACUGCCUGUCCAAAACGUAUAAGGAUUAUGUCAACAACGGCGUAGACUGUGGCUGUCAACCAAGCUGCUCAGAAACCAAUUACGAGACGCAAGUCAGCGAGGCAGGCACCAACAGGGAGUUCUUCACCGUCAUCCAGAACAUCAAGAAAGUCAACACCGGCGACGACAUUUGCAACCCUCCAUGCAGUUGCGACAACACAACUGUUCGUCUGCACGUGUACAUGGCGGGCCACACCUACGAGCGCCACGUCGACGUCAGCCUCUACUCGUUCUGGACGCUGAUAGCGAACCUAGGCGGCAGCCUGGCGCUGUUCCUGGGCUUCUCGCUCAUCUCGUUCUUCGAGCUGCUCGAGUUUCUGCUCGACGUUCUGCUCAUCCUCGUCGCCCCCAGCCUCUAUGACAGCAGGAAAAAUAAUAGGGUCAAUCCUAAGCGGGAACCUAGGAAGGUUUACAUCCUAGCGGGACCUUCCACCAACCUGCCGCACACGGAGUCGAAGCUGCGGCCGCUGCGCUCAGACAAGCGCUGGAAGGAACGCUUCAACACUUAUAAUCAAUUCAACACCCACGUCAGAGUCGGUCCUACUUAA